GCGUGCGUAAGCGCGCACGUGUUUACAUCAAUGCGCCACGCUUCAGUGCGCUGUCUGAAGGGGAUAAGAGCGAGAAGGAGAGGAAAGGGACGACAGUACGGAGAAAGAUUCAGUCGCAUAAGUAACUCGACACCAAGAAACGAGAAAGCAUCGCCACUGAGAUCCACUGCACCUGCUGCAGCUUGCUGCCACACGGCACCAGAGCCUCAUCAGUGUCCGGCGGAGCGAUGGAUCACACUUUCCUGCCUCGGUCCAUCUGGACCGGUGACAGCAAAUUCCUCCAGCAUCCAGCGGAUCUCUACACCAGUGUGGUCGUUACGCGCGGCAUCCCUGCAGGCACCUGCUUCGGGCCAUGUGUGCUCCAGAACACUUUCUACGACACUAUCGCCUUCAUAGCGCAGAAAUCCUGCGACAAGAGAGCUAAAUCCUAUGUGUUUAGGGUGGACCCCGAGGCCAUGCGAAACUCUGCGCUCGUGCUGUCCUGGCUGCGGCUCGUGCAGGCUGCGCGCAAUGAAGAGGAGCAGAACACGGAGGCCUUUCUGAAAGCGGGUCAGCUGUAUGUGCGGACCAUCCGGGACAUCCGACAGGAGGAAGAACUGCUCGUGUGGUACGACCAGGAGCUGUCUCACCUACUGGGCUUCACGGACACGACCAGAGGAUCAAGUGAAGAGUUCAGAUGUGGAAGAUGUAACCAGGUCUUCAAGAACGAGUAUCCCUUCCUGGCUCAUUGCCGAUUCUUGUGUACUCAAGUAAAGAGUGACACCUGGAGCCGCGAGGUUUACGAGCACAAGCACGUGGAAAUUAAGAGACAACACCGAGUGACAGAUUUCCACAACAUCGCCAGAGAUUUGGAACACAAAAAAUCUGUCAGCAACGAGGACGCGGAUGUUUCCCCCAAGAGAAGGAAAUACGAGGAAACUCUUUAUUCCAAAGGGCGAAAAACGGUGCUGUUGGAAAAAACUAAUAUUUCAAAUGAUGACAAUAUUGCACAGCUGAGUAAGGGCUACGACCAGGCAGCAGGGGAUGCAUCUCCCUCUGCGGGGAAACUGAAAACUGAAAAGAUAAAACCGCAUCAUUUGGAAUGUAAGACUGACGCCUUUGCUGAAGCGAGGGAACCCAAAGGGACUUUUAGGCACGGUGGAGACACUGACGCCCGGUCGGAGACAGGUGAGAGCUCUGGUGUGCACUCAAGCAGCAGCAGCGCAUUUUCUCUGGUCCUGUCCAACAGUCAGGGCGAGCAGAAAAGCGCUUUCUGCAAACCGAGCAAAAGAACUUCUCCCAUUGACCCCCAGGUGCACCUCAGCAGCGCUCCGACAACCCCCUCUAGUCGCCUGGAGGAAAUGAGCGACACCUUCAGCUCCAGGAGUCUUACAGGAUACAACAAUCUGAUGGCAUCCAACAUUUUGAGCGGUGACUUACAGACUGUACCAUCCCCAGUUGCAUUAAACAAUGCUUUCCACUACGCACCGGAGCACUGGUCCAGGAACAUUGGCGUUCAGUUGCAGACGGCAUCUUCUCUCACGAUCCUUCCGCCGACUUUCACCUCAUUCGGUGUGUCGGUGCAGAACUGGUGCGCCAAGUGCAACCUGUCCUUCCGGAUGACCUCCGACCUCGUUUUCCACAUGCGCUCUCAUCACAAGAAGGAGUUCGCAGCGGAAUCCCAGGUGAGAAGGAGGAGGGAGGAGAAACUCACUUGCCCGAUCUGCCACGAAUAUUUCCGAGAGCGACACCACCUGUCCAGGCACAUGACUUCUCAUAACUGAGACCAGAAGGGACAACUGAAAACUGUAUUUAUUUUCUAAACGAUGCUCGUAUUUAACUGGUUUAGAUUCAUGAUUCACAAAGACUUUGGUGUAAAACAGUGAAUGUAGGUAGCUGUAAAGAAAAUAGCAAAACAGGCACACGUGGCCAUUACAGUCCUGUCCACUAGAUGGCGAUAGAGGUACGUGUAAGCUGAUGUCACUGCAGUUUGUUGUCUGUCCUUUAGCCCAGUGUGUUAGGUUGAUGAUUGUUUUGUGCCUUAAGGAACUCAGGAGGGAAGAAAGACCUCGAGGAUGUGGAGGACAGCUCAUGAUUGUCAUACAUGUUUCGACUGAAUCCUCUUUAUUUAUCAGCUUUUUCUUUGCUCUGAUUUGUACACGAGAUGUGGUUGGAGUGUGUUUGCACAUUCGUUUUGAAAUCUAAAAUUA